CCUUUUGUGUCCUCUCUCCUUUUGCGUCCUCUGUCUUUUUGUCUUCUGUCCUUUUGCGUCCUCUGUCCUUUUGAAGGAGCAGCUGAGUGUGGAGGACAGGGACCUUGGACAGACAAGACAGAGGGAGGAGGUUUUGAGGAAACGCCUUUAACAUACCUGUGCAGGUGUGUGAGUGGGCGGAGCCUGUGAUGACAUUACUGAGUGGAGCUGAGCUCAGAGCAGAUAACGACGAUGAUGAUGAUGAUGAUGUUCUGCUGCGGUGUCGCAGCUGCCGCCGUCUGCGUCUUCACGGUGGUGUGGAGGCGAGCAGAGGGUCGUGAUGAUGGACGUGGGGGCGGGGCCAGUGGCGUCCUGUGGACAACCGCCCUGUUGGCCGCCGCCCUUUGUUACAUUGUCUCUCCUGCUGUGAGCGGAGUCGUCGUCCUGUGCUGCGUCCUGAUGAAGAUCUGUGUGAGGAAGAGGAGAGGAGACCUGAGGACGAGGGGGGCGGUGCUUAUCACAGGUUGUGACUCUGGCUUUGGCCACACCCUCGCGCUGCAGCUGAGUCACAUGGGCGUGACGGUGUUCGCAGGAGUGUUGGACAUGAAAGGGGGCGGAGCUCAGCGUCUGAGAGCACGAGCGUCUGAGAAGCUGCAGGUGCUGCAGCUCGAUGUGACGGACAGCGUCCAGGUGGAGACGGCGCGUCAAUACGUCUGCGCUCAGGUGGGACGCACAGGUCUCUGGGGUUUGGUGAACAACGCAGGAAUCCUUCCGUGUCCCGCAGAUGCCGAGCUCCUCCCACUCUCUGACUACAGACGCUGCAUGGACGUCAACUUCCUGUCAGCUGUCCACAUGUGUCAGGUCUUCCUCCCUAUGCUGAGACGCUCACGAGGACGCAUCGUCAACGUGUCCAGCCUGGCAGCUGAGGUUCCGAUGCCGCUGUUCGCUGCGUACGGCGCGUCUAAAGCUGCACUCAGCGCUUUCUCCACCAUGAUGAGACUGGAAACUUCUCAGUGGAACGUGAACGUGUCACUGAUCCAACCAUCAGGGUUCAGAACCAAUCUGUUUGGGGACAGUGAUGUCAUUUGUCGUUACAAAGACCACCUCCUGGCGUCGGCGUCCUCUGAAGCCAGAGAGGAUUAUGGGGACUCAUACAUCUUGUCCCUCCCCUCCUGUCUGUCCUCCAUGUCCCAGACUUCGGCAGAGGAUCUGUCCCCUGUGGUGGACGCCAUGUGUCACGCUCUGCUGUCUGUCCAUCCCAGAGCCGUGUACUCACCUGGACAGAUGGGCUGGCUGCUGCCGUUCCUCCACCGCCACUGUCCCACCGCCAUCUUUGACCUCAUCAUCACCACGCUCAUUACAUACAAAGUAGGUGAGCCUGCAGGACUGAGGACCACCUGAGACGUCUGCGUCUCCUCCAGUUUCUUUUAAUUCACGUCUUACUUUGAAAAUGUUUAUGGUGAAAAGGUUUUUUCUCAGAUUAAUUCCAUGUGAUUAUUUGAAUCGGAGUUUUCAGGUUGUUUAUUCUGAUAAAUCAACAGUAACACAUUCUUCCUGCUGUGAUGAAUGGAUGAUGCAUAAUAAAAGGGUGAAACAGGU